AUGUUCGCCAUUGCCUCCAUCGUCGGUCUAUCCAUUGCCGCUUCCCUCGUUGCCGCAGCACCUUCCGGCGAGGUUGUAUCGAGCUUGACCAAGCGCGUUGUGUACAGCUGCUCAGACGACUCCCAAGGCUCUUUCGCCACCGCCUCAUACUCGGAGGCGCAGAUUCUGGCGAACAAUGCCGUGUCGUACAUGGCCGCGAACGGCGCAGAUUCCCUCUUUCAGACUUACUUUGGCAAUACGUCGACUGCCUGGCCACAGUGGCUCUACAAUCAGAUCGGGACUGAACACGGCACGAACUUCACUAUCAACUGCAAUCCCACGACCCAAUGCGGGUCGAACACGAUCGCGGACACUGUCUGGCGUGAUGUUAUAACGACCCACCAUCAGGGUUCCACAACUUGGACGACGGUCGGGGAUUACUCUGCUACGACAUACCUGUGCUCGAUCUUCUUCAACCGGGCUCCACUUGCGUCUCUCUGCACCGGAGCGUCGUCCGGUCGCGCUGACUCUCUCGUCCAUGAGAUGUCCCACGCUUUCGGUCAUACCAAAGACUAUGUGUACGGCUGUUCCAACACGCGCGCUCUUGCCAUCUCAAACCCUGAUGAGGCCGCGAACAACGCCGAGAACUUUGGGUGCUUCAGCAUUGCUGCGUACCAGGCCACUCAAUGUGGGGCUUAG